AUGAAGCUUUCCAACCUUGCCUUGCCGGCCAUGGCUCUCACACUCGCCCGGACCGCCGCCGGGGCCGCGGCCACGCCGUGCUCCGAGUCGGAUAUCGACGUCGACGUCGCCAUCAUCGGCGGCGGCUCCGCCGGCAUCCACGCGGCCAUCCAUCUCCGGGACGCCGGCGCCACCGUCGCUGUCGUCGAGAAGAAGUCCCAGAUCGGCGGCCACGCCGAGACGUACACCAACCCGCGGACGGGCGUGCCCGGCAACGUCGGCGUCUCGCUCUUCGAGAACACCGACGUCGUCAGUGGCUACUUCGCCCGCCUCAACGUCUCCGCCGCCAGGGUCAACCCGCUCAACGGGGGCGGCGCGUCGCCGAGCUACGACUUCUCAUCCGGUGUCCGGAUCCCCGUCCCUAACGCCUCCGAGGCCGCGGCCCGGCAGGAGGCUUUGCAGACCGCGGUGCGGUCGUACAAAACCAACGUGCUGGCCAAGUACCUCUGGAUCGACCAGAGCUUCCACGUUCCGGACCCCGUGCCGGAGGAGCUCACCGUGCCGUUCGCCGAGCUCGCGCAGAGGUACGGCUUCUCGGCGCUGCUGACCGUCAUCGCCCAGUUCAACUGGUUCACGGGCGACAUCUCUACCAUCCCGGCGCUGUAUGGCAUCAAGGGCCUCGGGCCGGGCCUGCUCAACAGCAUCUUUGGCGAGUUCAUCGUCUCCGCCAGCGGCGACACAAGGGCCCUGUACGACGCCGCCGCCGCCGAGCUCGGCGACAGCGUGCUGCUGAACGCCGACGUCGUCGAGGUGCGGCGUGACGUCCCCGUCGACGAGGACGACGCCACCGGCGUCACCGUCCUCAUCCAGCAGCCGGAACAGCCGCUCAAGCUCAUUCGUGCCCGCAAGCUGCUGUUCGCCAUCCCGCCGACGCUCGACAACGUAGGCGCCUACGACCUCACCGCCGAGGAGUCGGGCCUCUUCUCCAAAUUCUCCGCCCUGGGCUACUGGGCCGCCGUCGCCAACAUCCCGGGCCUGGACACGAGCCUGACCAACGUCGGCGCCCGGACGCCCUUCAACCAGCCCGUCAUCCCGGGCCCCAACGGCAUCGACGGGUACGGCUCGCCCGAGGACUUCGUCGUGAUGGUGGGGUUCCGGGACACGGCGUACUCCGACGCCGACGGGCAGGCCGUGGUCCGCGGGAACCUCGCGACGCUGGGGGCCGUCGGCGCCGUGCCCGCGGACGCCGCGGAGAGGGCCACGUUCCCGUUCUCCUCGGACCACGGCCCGUACAACCUGCGCGUGUCGGCGGAGGAGAUCAGGGCCGGCUUCUACCGCCGGUUCCUGGCCCUCGAGGGCGCGCGGAACACGUACUGGGCCGGCGCGGCCUUGACGGGGCACAACAGCGCGCUGGUCUGGAACUUCAACCUGGGCACCGUGCUGCCUGGUCUCAAGAAGGACCUCGGUCUGUGA